AUGCAGACUGCUUCUACAAACAUUUGUGAAAGAAUGGGUCGCUCUCAGGAGCUCAGUGAAUUCAAGUGUGGUACCGUGAUAGGUUGCCAUCUGUGCAAUAAGUCCAUCCAUGAAAUUUCCUUGCUACUAGAUAUCCCACGGUCAACUGUCAGUGGUAUUAUAACAAAGUGGAAGCAGUUGGGAACAACAGCAGCUCAGUCACAAAUUGGUAGGCCACGUAAAUGACAGAGUGGGGUCAGUGCACGCUGAAGCGCACAGUGCGCAGAAGUUGCCAACUGUCUGUGGAGUCCAAACUUCAUUUCCAGUGAAAGGAACACUUAAGGCGUCAGCAUACAAAGACAUUUUGGACAAUUUCAUGCUCCUUUGUGGGAACAGUUUGGAUGGCCCCUUCCUUUUCCAACAGCACUGCACACCAGUG